AUGGCAUCGCUAAGUGCUGAUCUGAAGUCGCAUAUGGACUCUGCAUUAGCCGAGAUGAACCGAAACGUAGCGACUAUUGCAGCACAAGUGUCUGAACUGCAAAAGAAAGACCAAGAGAAAACGGUACAAAUUGGUGAACUUACAAAACGAUUACAACAACUUGAACAAAAAGCAUUAGAAAAAAAUAUUGAAAUUAACAAUGUAGAGAACAUGGAAACAGAGCCUGAAGUUAUUGUUAAGAGAAUAACUGAUGCUCUCGGCGUGGAUAUGAGUGCAGAACACAUUAGUAAAAUGUAUAAAAUAAAGCGCAAGAAAAAAGUUGUUGUGGAAUUUGCAUCUCUGAACAAGAAAAAAGAGUUUAUGGGUAAACUAAAGGGUCAUCGCAUACAAGCAAGCGUGUUGAGAGAAGAAGAAAACAGCGACUGUGGAGGAUACAUAUACAUAAAUGAUGAACUUACACCGCACAAUAGACAAAUUUUAUGGGCCGCAAAAACAAAGGCCAAAGAAAAUGGAUGGAAAUUUGUUUGGGUGCGAAAUGGGCACAUUUAUGCUCGCAGAAAUGAAAAUUCUUCCUUUAUAAUAAUUAAUAAUGCAUCAGAGUUGGAACUAAUAACCGAAUCAAGUUAA